AUGAACUGGCACAUGAUCAUCUCAGCCCUUAUCGUAGUAGUGAUCAAAGUUGUUGGAAUGACCUUUUUUCUGCUGUACUUCCCACAGGUUUUUGGCAAAAGUAGUGAUGGCUUCAUCCCCACGGAGAGCUACGGAACCACUAAUGUGCAGAAUGUCUCACAGAUUUUUGGAAGAAGUGAUGAAAGCUUAGUUCCCACAAGGAGCUCUGGAACAGCCUGUCCCAACAACUGGGAUUUUCACCAAGGAAGAUGUUUUUUCUUCUCUACCUCUGAGUCACCUUGGAAAAACAGCAGGGACUAUUGUGCAACAAAAGGAUCCACACUGGCAAUUGUCAACACUCCGGAGAAACUGAAGUUUCUUCAGGACAGAGCUGGUGCUGAGAAUUACUUUAUUGGUUUGAUACGUCAGCCUGGAGAGAAGAAAUGGCGCUGGGUCAACAACUCUGUGUUCAAUGGCAAUGUUACCAAUCAGGAGCAGAACUUCAACUGCGUCACUAUAGGUCUGACAAUGACAUUUGAUGCUGCAUCGUGUGACAUCAGCUAUCGCUGGAUCUGUGAGACCACUCCCAAAUGAUCAGAGAUCUCUACAAGAGUGAAUAUUUACAGAACCAGCAAAAGAGAUUCAUUGUGACUGAAACCAGUCUAGAAAAUAUAGAGCAUCAAAGACUGUGCCCAUCUUCCUAGUGAAUCCUCAAAGUCAAUAUGUUACUCCCUUUCACAAACAUCAUCGCACAGUAAAACUUCCUUUCUGCACUAGGUAUUCCCAAGACUGAGAGGGGAUUGGACUCUGGCUAUCUCCAGACAGGGCCAUGUUUCUGGAGAUGAAAUCUGUGUGGAAGCACAGUCUGUCUCUGCAGAGCUGAGCCUUUUGACUUAUCAGUAGGGUUUCGUCUGUUGACAGAAUCCAUUUCUUUUUUAUCGGUUAUUUUAUUUAUUUACAUUUCAAAUGUUAUCCCCCUUCCCAGUUUCCCCUCCAUAAGCCCCCAUCCCUUCCUCCAUCCUCUCUGCCUCUAUGAGGAUGCUCCCCCAUCCACCUACCUUCAUCCUUAGAGAACAUGCCCACACCACUGAGGAGAAACUGCUCAUGAAGCAGAUAUGAGAACUGUUAGGAAACACUAUGGGCAGAAGACUAUAAACUCGGCUUCACGACCUCCUCCAUUCCCAGAAGACUCCCAUUCCCAUACUCUGUCUUAGAAGCAGAGGCCCUCCUGAAUUGGGGGAGGACUUCUGCAGCUUGACUUGGAACUGAACAAAUGUUGAGGGAAUGAAGAAAGUUCUGAAUAGGACAGAGAUAAACAAAGAGGAUAAGGAAAGAGAUAGGAAGAAAGGAAAAGUGGGAAGGAGUGGGGAAAGGAGUGAUGGACAGGAGAAAAAGAGACAGGAGGGGCCUAGGAAAGACACUCAAGCUAAAUUUU